AUGGGCAGCCCCUUGCGGGUGCUUCUCGACAAGCACGACCGCUUCAUGCCCGCGACCAUCUCCGCUUACUACCGGUUCCUCUACGAAAAUCGCCAUGGAUGUGAAGCUGUCCACUACCCCGAAAGCGAGACUAUCUGGCACGCUGUCUCGGAAGCGACUUGGAUCGAACUGGAAGCCUAUCUCGACGCGUUCGUGCAGCGACGAGGUUCGACGCAACUAGAGCUACAACCUCUUCUCCGCCGCAGUACGCGACGACUGGAAGGACCUACGGCGAUCACAUUACGUGUACGACCCUCUGGUGUACCAGAUCGAAGAAUGGAUUCGUUUCUGUAGGUUCCGGUGUCGCGAAGCCCCGCCACCGAUCCCCUCGCGUCCUACCCAACUUGCUGAUCGUGAUCUCGUGGUUCGAUUGUUCGGAUUCCUAUUACAACAGGUAUACACGCAAAUCGAAAAUGGUAUAUCGAAUGGUACAACAAGAAGUAUCGCAAAGUCAGACCUGCCUUGCACCUGUCCGACAACCUUGUGGUCAAGCUCCUUCCCUACGGGGGCCUGCGUUCCUGGGCGGACCCCCGAAGAGACUGGUUCCGAAGCGGUGGAUCAAUCCUGAACUUCUUUCACCCCGGUCACCUCUCCAAUGAUGAGAUCAAGCAUUUACGAAGUGAGUUCUUGCCUCUGCACUCACCGUCAUCGCUCGUUGCUCGCCUUGGCCUUCGAUUCGCUGACUCCUGGGUGACCUCGGCUGGCGCGUCUACGAAAUACUUGUGUUGUCCGGUCGUGAAAUUUGCAGGAAAAGGAGUGCACUUUGGUCUCGACCCCGUGGUCGGCUUCGAAAAGAUUGUCGACACGAGAGCCGAGUCCAGCACGGAGGUCCUGGGGCUGCCGGAGUUGCUGCCCGACUCGAAGCCGGCAGAAACGGCCAAGGCCGAGGACGACCUCUCCAAGAGCGGCCAACAGCGUGCGCGUACUCUUCCCCGCUUGUAG